GAAACGGUAUCAUUGAUCACCCAGCGUCUUCAGCAGCAGCAGCAACAACACGCGCCUUCUUCUUCAAGUAUCCACAAACCAUCCAAACACCAGCAAAAUGGCAUUCAAGUUCGUCGUUUUCCUGGCCUCGCUGGCCGUCGCUAGCGCUGGAUACCUGGAGGCUGGCCAUGCCGUCCAGUACGCCGCCCCGGUCGCUCACUACUCGCCGGCCUCGUCGGUGAGCUACAGCACCAUCUCGCAGGCUGCCCCGGCCAAGCUGGCCUACGCUGCCCCGGUCGCCAAGACCAUCUCGUACGCUGCCCCGCAGGUGUAUGCCGCCCCGGUCGCCAAGACGAUCGUGUCCAGCCCGGCCGUUGGAGCGACGCACGAGAGCACCAUCCGCUCGCAUGAUGGUACCAUCUCGCACUACUCCAAGGCCGUCGAUACGGCUUUCUCGAGCGUCCGCAAGUCUGACACCCGCAUCACCAACGAGCUGCCCAAGCUGGCCUACGCUCAGCCCGUCCUGGCCAAGCAGGUUGCCUAUGCUGCCCCGGCUGUGACCACCUACACCCAUGCCGCUCCGGCCAUCCAGACCUAUGCUGCCCCGGCCGUCCACCAGACGUACGCCGCUCCGGCUGUCCACACCACCUAUGCUGCUCCGGCCGUCCAGACCUAUGCUGCCCAUGCCGCCCCAGUGGUUGCCACCGCCACCAAGACGCUGACCUACUCGCCGGCCGUCCAGGUUGCGCACACCACCUACGAGGAUGCUCACGCUCACUACGCCUGGUAAAAAAAAAACCAGCGGAAGGACUACUUGUUUUGCGAUGCUGAUGCAAUGAUCCCAUCCCGAUCCUAUUUAUUGAUUUGUUGUUACAAUCUGUUCCAUUGUUUGGUAUUUGAGUACGCAUUGGGAAGCAGCUCGAACGGGGGUGCUUUCCGGUGUCAAAAAUAAUACAACGUCAUAAAAAAGAA